AAAACAUGUUUUUAUUUUCGUUCGCAAACGCACCGUAAUAGUGUAAACCAUUCAAAAUGGAUUAAAACCCCAAAAAAAUGGCAAUGGCGUUGUUCAAAUUGGAUACUUUUCUGGCGUUCCUACAUAUAACAGGUGUUUUGUGUACUAUAGACCAUCUGGAGCUAGUGAUGCCCCGGUACGCGAUCCGGGGCGGCGACGUAACCCUCAAGUGCGAUCACAGUGUGUCCCUUGAGCAGCUCUACAAGGUCGAGUGGCGGAAGGGUGAACGGAAAAUCUUCCAGUACAUCAAGGGUCGUAAACCGCCCUUCAGAUACUUUCCCAUCGAAGGAGCCGUCGUCAACAACACCCAUAGCAGCGAGAAACAAAUCCUACUGUCGAAAUUAGAUUUCGCCGCGUCGGGCUCGUACUCCUGUGUGGUUUCCAUGGAGACGCCGAUAUUCACGAGGGAUUCUGAGAGCAAGGAUCUUACAAUCAUAGAACCGCAGAACGACGAUCCUAAAAUAACAUUCAACAAAGACACCUAUGAAAUUGGCGAAGUUUUAGAGGCGAACUGCACAACCGCGCCGGCCAAACCACCACCCCACAUCACAUGGCUCAUAAACGACCAAAAAGUGAUGGAUAAACUAACAAAGUCCUUCUCCAAUGGUUUUGUCCACGGUCACGGAUACUUCGAACAAAAAGCGUUUUCUAUCAAACAACUAUCCAUCGAAGUUUCAGACCUCCACGUUGGCGAAGACAAUGAACUGCGACUCACUUGCAUGUCCACGAUUCCCGGAUACGUAAACAACGGUGACAAUUACGCGGACGUCAGAAGGAAAACCAUAAAGAUCGAAAUCGAAAUGACUGAGGGUCCCGUAGAGGCAAUCUCCAACAACAACAAUAACAGUUUUUCAUCGAGCCGACACAUCUCGGCACAUUUUUUGCCAGUUCUCCUCCUCUUUCUGGCCACCAUGUACAAUUGAACAGUACUUGAGGAAAUUUCUACAGCAUAAAACUCGUUACUCGACAAAAUCUCGACCCGCUUAACCAAUAUUCAAUAUACUUAUCAGUUAUUGGAUAUUGUUUGAUACAAUGUAUUUUUUAUCAAGCACAAACUAUGAAUUGGCUGAAAAUAUUCGUUUCUAAAGAUGAAUACUUUUAUAGGAACCUUUUUAUACAAAGAGCGAUUGACACAGAAUAUCAAAAAAAACUUUUAGACCUCAAUCACUUAAUCUGUAACAACUGUGUUAUUGUUCUAAAUUAUAAAAUAAUAUAUUAAAAAUAAAAUAAUUCUCAUAGGUAUUCUGUUUCAAUCGAUAUUAAAAACUAAAAUACAUAUUUUGCUAAAUCUAGUAUAGAAAAUGAAUUGAUUUAAAGAAUUGUUAAAUAUAUUUUUUGCACAGAAUAAAGAUCUAUUUACUCUGUGUUUUUAGCUUUCGUGACACUUAACGACUUCUGUUCAAGAUGCCUCUUGGUAACUUGCACAGGAGGGCUGACAAAUCUAUCGAUACAGCUUUUAGCAGGGUACGAACUAUUUUUGUUACUAAUUAGUAAGAAUUUCGGCUGAAUCCCAUAUAUAAAUAUACAUAAUGUAUAAGAUAAAGUGUAGGCUUGUUGCCACUGUUUACAAUAUCUGAACUAAUUUCCCCCCUAUAUCUGAUAAUGUAAAGAAUCUAUUCAUGUUGUAUACUUUGACUUAUUUAUAUAUGCACGUUAUUCGUAAAUUAAAACCUAAGCAUCGGUAAUAUUUCAUUGCGUGUUUUCAACGAAUUAGUUCCAGUUGGUGGUCUUAAAUUUACGAAUAAAAUGCAAUCGAAGAUGUACAUAAAAAAAAUAUGUGUGAUGUGUAUAAUGUACGGUGGAUGCACUACUACAAUUAAUUUUUUUACGUAUAAUUUUAUAAGCCUAAUUUUUAUAAGAAAUUUUGAAAUUAAAUACGAAACUUAAAACAAUCUCUAAAACUUAUACACCAACUUAUUUUAUCCUUAAACAGUAUCUUAUGAGACGCAUUAAGUCAAUUAAUGUAAUACAAUCAAAUUUCAUUUGUCUAUCGAAUUUUUUGAAGGGAUAAGUUUUUAUCAAAUUAUUAAGAAAUAAUAAAUUUUCACUAAUAAAUAUUUUCCUUUUAAAAAAAAACGAAUAUUCUUGUAAUUUGAUAACAACUUUUUCUAAUUACACGAAUCUUUCGCACUUUAUUCAUAUUUCUAAAACACACUUCUUAUCCUAGUGUUAACCAAUGAUGUUGUUUACUGUUGUUAAAAACCAUAAAGAUAUGCCGUGAAACGUCAUAUUUGCGACAAAUUGUUUUUGAUAAAAUUUACUUUUCACGGCUUUUCUUUGUGGUUUUCUCUGUCAUAUAAUAUAUGUUUUGUUGUUUAAAUGUAUUUUAAGACUAAUAGCUACAAGUUAAAAAUUGUGUUUUAAAAAUAUAUCUAUCGUUAGUCAAUAUUUUUUUAACCCGUUUUCUGGCAUAUUUAAUGCAAUCAAAUAUACAAUCAUUUUACAGAAACAACCUAUUCGUCAUAAUUACUUCUGAUUUAAAAUUAAGGAAUGUGAUAUGGAAGAGCGUAAUUAAAACAUUAAAUAUUAUGUAUAUAUGUAGUUGGUAGUGUAGAAAAUUUAUUAUAUAAUUUUAAUAUCUAAUAUUUUUAUAUAGUGUAGUUCCCGAAGCCAAUGUUUUUUGGUUGAAGAAAAACGAAUUUCAAUUAAAAACAGGACAGAAAUUAAAAAAUUAAGUAGUGGGAAAUUUGUUCCCCAGUAGCAACACAAGACACUUAAGUCUGCGGUUUUUCAAACCCUCUAACACGCACAAAUCCUUGACUCUUCAAGUUUGUUAAUUAGACGGUGGAGGCGAACUCAAAAAUUAAAUUUAAUUUGCAGAAAGAGGAAACGAGCAACUAAUAAGCAUGAAUUUUAAAUGCAUGUGGCUUUCAAGUAAUAUGAAUGUAAGAUGCUCUUAAACACAUGCGAGUUUACAUUUCCUUACCCCUUAGACAAACAUAAACUAUAUCAAAUUCUGUUAAGUAUUAGAAUAAUUUUAUAAAAGUUUGCAAAUUAAAUUCACUUUAACGUCUGCUGAAACUUUUAAAGGUAUGUUUCGCAACAAAUUUGUACAAAUUUAUAAAGUUAACUUGUUAUAUUGUUUAAAACACAAUACUAAACAGAAACAUAUCAUUUGUGGCAAUAUUGUUACAUUUAAAUAAUCCCUAUAGUCAAUCAAUUAAAAGUCAAUGUUUAAUAUAAUGUAGGUACAGUUAAUCAGAAGCAAUUAUGACAUAGAAUCUAGAAAAAAUAAAAUUAAAUAUUUACAUAAAUAAAUUCAUAUACACUUUGAUCUGUUACAUCAAUUCAAAACUACCCCAUGUAUUAUAAUAUCUUAUAUAAUACAACAAUAUGUUGUUGUGAUGGAUCAAACAUGAUUGUAUAAUUUUUUAUAUAAAAAAAUUGUAUAUUUGAACCGACGUAAGAAGAUAGUUUAUGUAAUAUAAAGAUAUUAGUUUAAGUUAAGAUGAAUAGCUUUAUAAACUGUUUUAGAAAACAGUCGCAGGCUAUAUUGGCCAAAAAUGUCUUCCUUAAAUGCUAUUGUCUAUUCGUAAUAUAAGGGAGCAAAAUUGUCACUUCGAGCUAGAUGAACACUAUUUAGAACAUAUAACUUUCUUAAAAUUGUCUUCAGUUAGCCAAUGCGAUAAUUCCACACACAUUUACGGUUAAUUUAUCUUCCACCAUAAAUAUCUCAGAUACUAAAGUAUUCUGUUGCAUUUUAAAAACACCGUCAAGUUUGAGAAAGUUAUAUCGAAUAGUUAAAUAGUAAGUAAUUAAAAUUUUAAAACAGACUGGUACUAAACUCAAUUAAAUUGUGCUAACGAGUUCUGUUAAUUUCAAGUUUGUUAGCACUAUUUUUGUAUAUGUAUAUUAUUAUUUUAGUUUUUAGAUUUCUUACUUAAAAACUGCACCAUUUUAUUUAUAUUAUUAGCUUUAGACCAAACGUUUGUGCGAUGUAGAACUGUUACUGCUGGAUGUUGCUUAUGUGCUUGAUGUACGAAUGCUAUAUAUUGACGGGCUUAUUGUAAAAAUUUUGCAUCGCACAAUCUAGGUAAACUUCACCAAGUAGAAGCAGACCAAUAGAUUAUGUACAUUUUGUGAUUUCGUGGCAAAAUAUCUGUUCAUUUAAUUAUUUUUAUAUACGAGACCUACCUACUGAUACAGGAAACAUACUAAUAAGCUCGUAGGAUCGACAAUAACUUGCUUUAACGUUAGGUACGAAUUCUAAAGAAUUUUAUUUGGAUUAAUAUAUUUGAUCUAAAUAAGAUUUUCCAAACCAAAGAUAAAACAUUUUUGUAUAUAUUAAUGUGAAAUGUACUGUAAAACAUCUUAAGUGUUUAAUGAUGGAUAAUUAUAAUUAAUAAAAUUAAUUAUGU